AAGAACAAAAAAUGAGAAUGAUUUUUCAGGAAUCUUCAAAGAAUGAAGAUGAGGAAAUGGUGGAGGAUGAAGAAGAGGAGGAUGUAAGAGUAGGUGGAUGUGAUCUAUUAUUUAAAGUGUGAAAAGAUUUAUUUUCUGAUUUGUACUUACUUUUGCAAAUACCUUUCCCCUAGGUAUUCUUUAAACCUGUCAUUGAGGAUAAAAACAUGGAACUUGCAAGAAAAUGCACAGAGAUAAUAAGUAAUGUCCAUUAUAAAGAAGAAUAUGAAAAAUCAAAAGGCAGGUGCACACUUGGGCCUGAUACUCCACAGCUGACACAUGUGAAAAAUAUAUCUGCUAUUAUUUCUGAUGCAAAGUACAAAGCAAAGGCUAAGAAAGAACUUUCUAACUCAUUCUACCAGCAAAUGCCUGCUACAAUUGAUAGUGUGUUUGCAAAAGAAAUCAUGAAUCUUCAGAGCAAGGUUCUUUACAAGAAAAAAUAUGAUGCUGAGAAAGGAACAUCGAAUUAUGCACAUAUGAAGGAACUUCCAGAUGUUAAGCAUGCCAUGGAAGUUAAUAAACACCAGAGUAAUGUGUCAUAUAAAAAAGAUCUCCAGGAUAUUCACAAAUAUACUGAAGUUUCCAAUAGACCAGAUAUAAUGAUGGCAACAAAGCUAACAAAGCUAAUAAGCAAUGCUGAAUAUACAAAAGGAAAACAAGAAAUGAGCAAAGAGCCAACUGUACUUGGAAGACCAGACUUUAACCAUGCUCAGAAAGUAUCCAAGUUGUUAAGUCAAGUUAAAUAUAAAGAACAGCAUAUUAAAGAAAUGAAGAAUAAUUGCUUUAAUCCUCUUGAAAGUGCUUUUUUCAAGCAAGCUCAACUGGCUUCUGUAUUGGCAAGUGAUGUAAAAUACAAAAAAGAAAGUCUGGACAGUCUUCAUGAACCAACAUCUGCAUUUCCAAACCUAUUACAAUUAGAGCAUGCAUUGAAUGCCAGCAAGAUCCAUAGUAAUUAUGAAUAUAAGAAAGUAUUUGAGAAAACUAAGGGACUCUAUCAUUUUGAAGUGGAUACUGCUGAACAGCUGCACCACAAAGAAAACGCAGUCCUGCAAAGUCAGGUUAAGUAUAAGGAGAGAUAUGAAAAAUCAAAAGGCAAGUCUAUGCUAGAAUUUAUGGACACACCAACAUACCAAGUUUCAAAGGAAGCUCAAAAGUUUCAAAGUGAGAAAAUGUAUAGAAAAGAAUUUGAAGAAAAAGUCAGAGGGAAAGCAGCCUUGGACUUAGACAAGACUCUAGAAUUCUUGCAUGUGAAACAUGUAACAGAUCUACUAAAAGAGAAAGAGUAUAGAAAAGAUUUGGAAGAAGGGAUAAAAGGAAAAGGACUGGCAGUACUUGAAGAUACUCCAGAUUUGAUCAGAGUGAAAAAUGCAACUCAGAUACUAAAUGAGGUAGGUACUGUUUGCAAAGCUUAGUAAAUGCCAUGGAACGUUUGCCCACACAAAGUA